AUGCAUCAACUGGAAACAACCAAAGAUCGUGUGCAAAUCGAAUUACCCUCUGAUUCUCUUUAUUUCAGCGAAUUCCUUGUGUCAGAAGCCGAACGACGACGUCGAGUGAAUCAUCUCGACACCGAAGUACACGAGCUCGGUUACGAUCCAUUCUCGUAUUGUGGUCGGAGGGUUCAUGUAUUGCUACUCACAAAAUUGAUUAGCGUAUUGACGAUACCCUUCUACAUAGCCAUUGUCAUCUUCAUUUCUUUUUUCGGAAACGCCACAUCGGUCAUGUUUUCUGUGAUAAUUCUAGGAUCCGUAGUUAUUUCCACGUGUUACGGUGCAUUUCGAGGAGCUAAGAUGUGUCUUAUUCCAUUUGUGAUAUUGCAACUCGUUUUUCUAAUCUAUGACUUGAUAUUAAUAGCUAUUCUGCUGCUGGCGGUGGUGUUCCCUCAUAUGUUCCUUUCGGCAUUGCUGAGGUUGCCCUUGGAAGACAUUCCAUUUGGAACAGAUCAAGGUGAGUAG